AUGCCUUUUCCGACAAAUGGCUCUGCUCCUACUGCAUCGGCUACGCGCGCUUCGGCGUACCUCUCUGUGUACACGAUGGAUUCAGACGAGCUGUCUGUGUUGACAUUGAAAGCCAGUCGUGGUAUUGUGGCCACCAUGCAGACCAAUGCGAUGUGGUACUCAAGCGGCCACCUGGUCGACGGACUGGAAAUGCGCAUACAUGUAUUCAACGCGCCUUCGACCGAGAUGUCGAGGGUCGUUGGCGUUGCUCGGAUCAUACAGUUGUUGCUCCAGACAGAGUUCGACUGGAUUCUUCUCCACAAAGUCAAUCUUCUGAUGAAUUGA